AUGCAGUCGAUAUUUCGCCUAUUGCUGCUUGGAGCACUGGCUCUGCCCUCUGUCGCUAUAGAUCCCACUAUCGAUCUCGGAUAUAGCAAGUACAAGGGUAAAGAUCUUGGGAAUGGCGUCUCGGAAUGGCUUGGUGUGCGUUACGCUGCCGCGCCAGUCAAAGAUCUGAGAUGGACAAUGCCUCAAGAUCCCAGCCGCGUAAGAGCAGUACAGGAUGCCACCAAGCGCAAGCCUGUUUGCAUAGGGACGAGCACUGACCCAAAGGUCAUCGGUGAUACCGAUGCUGAAGAUUGCCUUUUCCUCAACAUCUGGGCCCCGACGCAAGCCUCAAGCAAAGACAAGCUUCCGGUUUACUUCUACAUCCAAGGUGGCGGCUUCAACAACAAUGCCAAUCCCAACGUCAACGGAACAGGCCUCGUUAAGGCUGGUGAUCUGGAUAUGAUUGUCGUCAGCAUCCAUUAUCGCGUUGGCGUCUAUGGGUUUCUUAACGAUGGUGCCGACAUCAAACCUAACCUUGGUCUUCAUGACCAGCGAAAGGCCCUCAAAUGGGUCCAGAAGUAUAUUGCCAAGUUCGGUGGAAACCCAGACCAUGUGGUCAUUGGAGGCGACUCAGCUGGUGCUGCAAGCGUCAGCCUUCAUUUGAGUGCGUAUGGUGGUAAAGAUGAAGGACUGUUUCAUGGUGCUGCGGCAGAAUCCAUCUCCUUUGGUACACUUUUGACUCCCAAGGAGUCAGCCUACCAAUACGAGAACCUGGUUAUUCGUCUUGGUUGUGCCGGCUCCAAGAAGGAUGUUCUACGGUGUAUUCGCUCAAAGUCACCCCAAGACAUACAGAAAGUGAACAAGGCUAUUCCAUUUCAAGGGAGCUCUAAAGGUCCCCUUUACAUGUGGACCGUUUCACUCGACAACGACUUGAUCCCUGACUUGACAUAUAAGCUAUUCGAGCAAGGAAAGUUCAUCAAGGUCCCUCUCAUCACAGGCGAUGAUACCAACGGUGGAACUCCUUUUCCGCCGCGGGAUGCCGCCAGUCUCGCCGACAGUGACGAGUUCCUCAAAGCCCAGUUUCCAUUUUUGACGUUGGAGCAGCUUGGAACGAUCAAUGAUCUCUACCCCAACAAGAAUGACACCUGCCCCAAUGCCGGAUGUUAUUGGCGACAGGCUAGCACUGCAUAUGGAGACAUGCGAUACAUGUGCCCUGGUAUCUACAUCUCCAAUGCCUUGACGAAGUACGGUGUUUCUCAAUCUUGGAACUACCGGUAUAAUGUCGAGGACCCUGAUGAAAUGGCGCAGGGUCUUGGUGUCCCCCACGUGGCGGAGUUGAAUGCCAUCUUCGGACCUGGACUGGGUAACAACAAUCCUCCAGCAAGUUACUUUCCAGGUGAAAAGAACGGGCCUGUUAUCCCAAUUGUUCAGGGUUACUGGUCAAGUUUUAUCCGAUCUUUGGACCCCAACAAGUAUCGUCAUGAGGGCUCUGUCAACUGGGGGACAUGGACCGAGAAGGGAAAGGAGCGCAUUCUGUUUGAGACUGGUGGUAGCACGAGGAUGGAGAAGAUAAGUAAGGAUUUGCAGAAACAGUGCAAAUAUCUUUCUUCUAUCGGUGCAGAUAUUCGUCAAUGA